AUGACUCAGCGAACGGUCUUUGGAUGGACAUUGUUUGGAAGCUUGCAUGGCGCCGGGCCUACUGCGCCACGCUUGCAGUCGCUGCACUGUGAUGUUCAUUUAGAGCGAGCCUUGACUAGAUUGUGGGAGUUGGAGGAAGCGCCUCAAAAGACGCACCUUACAUACGAAGAACGUUUCUGUGAAGACCACUUCGACACAACACAUCGAAGAGCACCUAUUGGCCGAUUCAUCGUCGAGUUGCCGUUAAAGCCCGACGUACCGUUGGGAGAUUCGCGAGACCUGGCCGUCCAGAAUUUGCUACGCCUUGAAAGAAGACUUGCUCGCGACGUCGACCUACGUUUGCGCUACAACGAGUUUAUGAAAGAGCUCAUAGACAUGAAUCAUAUGCAGAUCGCGUCAGAAACCUUAAAUCAAACAUACUAUAUGCCGCAUCAUCCCGUUAUAAAGGAGAGUAGCAUUACGACAAAACUUCGGGUUGUUUUCAACGCGUCCGCCAAAUCGUCUUCCGGGAAUUCUCUGAAUGACGCAUUAUUUGUCGGCCCUCAACUGCAGCAAGAUUUGUACACGAUUUUGAUUCGUUUCAGAACGCACCGCUUCGCAGUAACCGCAGAUAUCGCAAAAAUGUAUCGUCAAAUCUGUGUAUCCUCAAAACAUGCCGAUCUGCAGCGCAUCGUUUGGCGUAGCGAUCCAUCCCUGCCUAUCCAAGACUUUCGCAUGGUUCGUGUGACGUACGGAGUAUCAGCUGCAUCUCAUCUAGCUGUCCGUUCGCUGCAACAGACGGCAAGGUAUUCAUCAAAUGGUUGUGUUAGAGCCGUUAAUGUCAUCCUAAAGGACUUUUAUAUGGAUGAUCUGCUAAGCGGUGCAUCUAGUAAGGAGGAACUUCUGUUGCUGCAGCAAAGGGUGUCCGAAAUACUGCGGGAAAGUGGAUUUGAACUCCGAAAGUGGGCGUCGAACUGCGCGCAACUUAAUGCAAGCAUCUCUAAUGCAGCUGAAAAUAUAUCGCAUUACAUCGUCGACGAUAAGGAUGUUCACGCUUUAGGUCUUAUCUGGAACACGGAGGGAGACCACUUCACGUUCACUGUUAGCUUGAAGCAACCGCCCGUGAGUUUGACCAAGAGAGCAUUUUUAUCAGACGCAAGCACGCUCUUCGAUCCCUUGGGGCUGCUUGCACCUGCAACUAUAAAAUCAAAAAUGUGGUUCCAAGACAUUUGGCGCACCAGAGUAGGUUGGGAUGGCCUCAUUACUGAGUCCAUUGCAACUAAAUGGUUGGAGCAUCGCAUAGAAUUGCAGCAGCUCGCACACUUGAAGGUGAAUCGCUGGCUCGGUACGGAAGUAUCCGGGUCAUUCACGCAACUGCACGUGUUCGCAGAUGCAUCCGAGCGCGCAUACUCCGCCGUUAUGUACGCGCGUACCUCACAAAGCGAUGGUACCAUUACCGUCGCGCUAAUCUCGUCGAAGACCUAG